CUCGACGUAUUCGUCUGCGAUACUGCUUAGGUUUUCCUUCCGUCCUGCCCCUUCCGCCGCCCCGUCCCCCCACCCAAAUCCACAAGAAAUCGAACGAUCCAGGGAGUAAAUAACCCACUCCCGCCGGCGAGGAAAUCAGAUCGACAUGCACGGCAAGCGUGAUCGCUGCAUCGGCGACGGUUGUCCUCCUGGCCUCACAGAUGAGAGCUUGAAGCAGGAUAUAUGCCUUCUGCUUGAUCAAAUCCAUGGUUUCUACAAGGCGGCGCUCGAUCGGCUUCCGAUGCGGGCGAUUCCCUCGCUAGCACCGGCCCUCCGCAAGGCCGGCAUCUGUUUCGGCUUCCUCGACCCAGUCUCCAACAUCAUUGCCAACACCAUCGCCUACCACGACCCUUCACCGAUGACUGGAUCCGACAACGAAGACGAUGAGGAGGAUGAGGAUGAGGAGGAGGAGGCGCAGGAGGCGAAGGAAUUGGUCUUCUCCCAGAUCCUCACCGACUUCGAUGACGAAGACGUUUUCGAAGUGCCGCUUUGCCGGCACAAGUCCCCUGGUAUGACCGUGGCGCGGCGGUCGCUGGACGGCCUUGUCUGCUUCCUCACAACCCACUUCCGCUACCUCGCGGAUACGGAAGCCCUGCGCUACCUGCGCCUGGCCAGGGCCGACCUGCUCACCGCUGUGCGCCUCAUCGAGCGAGAUCGUAACAAGAGGCGCAAUGACGAGCUUUCGUUCACCAUUACCUCCCUUACCACCAAGGUCGCCCUGGAAUGUGCCGGUGUGUCCGCGGUGCAUCCUGAACCAGACGUCCUGGUGAAAGCGGUUCUCACUAUGGCUUCUCGACAGAUUGAGGUCGCUGCCCUUUUUUCAGGACAAUACCCUCUGUCCCCUGCCACAGUUAAGCGCCUCGCCGAGUUGCUCAGCCAAGGGCCUACUGCGAGUAUUGAUCUCAACCCAUCAGUGGAUCUCUGUGGCCGUAGGAAGAAGAGAAAGAGAAACGAGGAGCAAUCUACACUGGAUCUCCGUGAGAGGAAGAAGAAGAAGAAGAGAAACGAGCAGCCAGCUACGGCCGCAGAAUCCAUAGAUCAGGGGAGUAGUAGGGCAGAUAAUAAGCGGCUUGGGUCUCAGUCAACGUUCAGACACUUGGAGUCCUUGAAGCUGUUGCUCCUCGGCAAGAUGCGUGGGCUCUACUUACAGGCACUUGCCAAGCUGCCUCGGGAUGGCUUGCGCAAGCUUCACCACUGCAGCCUUCUCAAGGGUGGAUAUUGCUAUGGCCCCGGAGAUCCUGUCUCCAACAUUAUCCUCAACACCAUCUGGUAUGGCCGUCUGUUCCCCACCCAUGAAAAGUUUGAGCUACCCUUCAAGGUAGACAUGAUAUGCACAAAGUUGCUUGCACGCAUCGAAUGCUGCUGCGUUUACGGCCUCGUUGCCUUUUUCCGCACCUGCUUCCCCUCUCUUACGGAGCACGAAGCCGUCUGGUAUCUGUUCAGGAGCGAUGCUGAUGUCUGGAAGGCCAUCCACAAGGCAAAAAAACAUGGUCAUACUGUGUCUGUGUGUGACAAAUACCACAAGGCCUAUAAGAAAGCAGCACUUGCUUCGUGGCACCCUGACCCUGCAGCGCUGGUGAAAUUUGCCACAUCUUCCUUGACCAGGGAAUCCUCCAAGUUGUUAGCUAUACAGCAGGGUGCACUCACCAACGGCUUUGUUGAAUGCCUCGCCAUGGCUCUGCCACAUAAAUCUUCCGCUACCAAAUCUGAAGAGCAGGCUAAGCAACUGAAGCUGGUGUCACGGGUCUUGAGCCAAAACCAGAAAAGGUUUAUUUCACUGUGUCGGAAAAAAUUUAAGGGUGACCAAAACUUCUUUGUCAGAAAGGUCAAUGCGGCAUUGAGCAACUACUCGAAGGAAAAAGGGGUGCACUACAAACUUCAUGUCAUUUGCGGUGUGAAUCCUAGGGUACCUGAUGGGUCAAGUGUUUGUCUUGCUAAGAAGAAGUUCAAAUUUGAGUACUCCCAUAUCAACUUUUUGGCAAAAACCGUGGGACCAAAUUCUGCUGCCACAUCUCCAGAACUGUUUUUCGCUCAAUGUAGCAAUAGUGUUAAAGAGGAGCAGGCAAGAUCAUCCUGGUGCACCCCUGUAUCGGAUUCUUGCAUGGAUAAUGUUCGAUGCUUCCCUUGUGAGUUUAACGGGGCAAAGAUUGUGCAUCCAUAUAAUGAGACAUACUGUGGGUGCUACGAGGAUUUCAAGCAAAUGGCUCAUGGAAUGCACGGCACUUUGAAUGAAUUUAUUAUCAGUUCGUGUGAUUUUAAUGCUGAUAUGAUGUGCUCGAUGCCAGAAGAUUGGAUCUAUUUUGAUCCCAAUAUGGACUCGAAGAUUGCAAAGAUGACUCCUAUUUCUAAUGUGGCUAGGGAGUUGAGGGAAUGGGGGGGCAGAAUCUUCUAAUAUGAUUCUGCUAUGUUAGAUGGAACUCAAUGUAUUAGGUGGAACAUAUUAGCUUGAUAUGAUCGAUGUCACUGAAAUAUGAUGUACUAAGGUAGUAAUUACUUAUCCCUAUGAUCUAUUCGAGCUCAUGAA